AUGGACUACAUGAACGAGUGCUUGGAGGAGCUGGUUCCAGUCGUAAGUCGUGAAACCUCUUUCAACGCUUCGUUCGCGCAUACAGACUCUGCGUCAUUAUCGGUCAAACAUCUUCCUCCCAUCAAAUUGCCGCCGUUCACCGGUAAGAUUGAGGAGUGGGAGACUUUUCGCGAUCGGUUUCAAUCGCUUAUUAUAGACAAUCGCGAAUUAUCGAACUUCAGUCGCAUGCAUUUUUUAGUGUCAAGUUUAACAGGCUCAGCUCGCGAUGCGAUAUCAGGUAUUAAAGUCACCGCGGAUAACUUCUCGGUUGCGUGGAAAGCAUUAACAGCGCGUUUUGAAAAUAAGCGCCGAUUAAUUGAGACUCACAUUUCGAAUUUGUAUAAUCUUCCGAAAAUGACUCGUGAGUCAGCUGUCGAGCUUCACGCCUUACGCGAUAAAGCCGAACAAGCGAUCUCAACAUUGCAACGUCUUAAUCGUUCGCCGGACGAUAUAGUCAGCGACAUGUUAGUUUAUUUUCUCUCUCAGAAGUUCGAUCCCGCCACGCGCCGUGCGUGGAAGUUAAAAACGAGCGAUAUCGAAAAUCCGCCAACAUACAAAGAAGUAUUAAAAUUUAUUUCGUCGCGUGCUCUCGCGUUAGAGGAACUUCACCCUCGCGAUAACGACAAGACCAAGUCACAUGCGAAAGUGACUAGCGCAACAGCGACUGCGUCAUCUAAUAUAGUGUGUUCAAUGUGCAAGCAAUCGCACAUUCUCUCAAAAUGUCCGCAAUUUGUAGCAAAGAGUCCGAUUCAGCGACGCGAAUUGCUUAAGAAAUUUCGACGAUGUUUUAAUUGUUUGAGUGAUAAACACAUGUCGAUCAAUUGUCAAAGUAAUUUCACAUGUCGAACAUGUAAUAAACGACAUCAUUCUAUGAUUCAUCUCGAUUCGGACUCAUUGCAACAAGUUACAAAUGCGAACAAUACGUCAAACGCGAAUGACGUCAUCGACAACGUGCCUAACGUUACGGCACUCUCAUCAGUUACAAUGACAACUGCGCCGACUCCUGUUGUCUUAUCUACUGCAAAGGUGAAUUUGCAGGCGCCUUCUGGACGCUCAUUGGUUGUCAGAGCCUUGAUUGACGGUGGAUCAGAGCUCACGUUUGUGACGGAGCGCGUUGCUCAAAUAUUACGUCUCAAGCGUAUACGAACGCUUACUUCAACGUCGGGAAUAAGCUGCGCUGACACCGGUACAUGCCGAUCUGCGGCUCUGAUUCACAUCACUCCUCGCAAAAAAUCGAAACCAAGGUUCACAACGGUUGCCUAUAUUAUGAAGGCAUUAACGAGGUAUGCUCCCAGAAACGCUUCGCAAUCGCAAGAUUGGAAACAUAUUUCCAAUCUGGAUUUGGCUGACGAUGAUCCUACCGGAUCAACACCGAUUGAUCUCAUAAUAGGAUCCGAUUUAUAUAAUCACGUACUCGUUCACGUACGUAACGGACCGCUCGGUCAACCAGGUGCAAUUGAAUCGCAUUUCGGAUGGAUCCUAUCCGGAACAACCUCUAUCCCGAAUCACGUGACACAACCCUCUCAUGUGGUAACUUCAACUCUCGUAAUUCCGCCUGUUGAGGAUGCGAGUCGCGUCGUGCAAUCAGCUCAGUUAAAUCAACGUUACAGUGUUGUCGCUCAUUGUUGUUCUCUCGAAAAUCAAUUGUCUAAAUUCUGGGAGGCAGAAGAAACACCUCAAUCAAUUGAAAUGUCUCCAGAUGACGAACAAUGCGAAGAACAUUUCAAACAAACGCAUUCGAGAACAUCGGAUGGGAGAUAUAUCGUGCGUCUGCCGUUUCGAAACGGCCCACCCAUCGAAAUCGGUGAAUCUCGCGAAAUAGCCGCGCGUCGGCUUUCGUCGUUACUUCGGAGAAUUAAUAAUCAACCUGCGAUUAAGCAGGAGUAUUCUGAGUUCAUGAGCGAAUACGCACAGUUGAAUCAUAUGAAAGUAAUCGCACCGGUGGAUUCAGUAAAUUCACAAGUCGUGUACAUCCCUCAUCAUCCGGUCAUUCGAGAGACUAGUUCGACAACUCGGUUGAGAGUCGUAUUUGACGCCUCAUGCACAACCUCUAACGGUACCUCGCUCAAUUCUCACAUGUUUACUGGGCCUAAACUACAGUUAGAUCUGCAAUCGGUUUUAUUACGUUGGCGACAGCACAAAUACGUUUACUCCGCAGACAUAGCGAAAAUGUAUAGACAAAUAUUGGUCGACUCGCGAGAUAGAGAUUAUCAACGCAUCCUAUGGAUAGAUGAAAAUUCGAAUAUUCAAGAACAUCAACUCCUUACGGUAACAUACGGUACGGCUUCCGCACCGUUUUUAGCUCUUCGAGUCAUUAAUCAGUUAAACGAUGAGGAAGGAAGCUCGUUUCCACUAGCAUCUGCGGUUUUAAGCGAGAACGUCUAUGUGGACGACGUGCUGUUUGGGGCCGAAGAUAUGCCUCUCCUUAAACAGACUCGAGAUCAAGUUUGCAAAUUGUUGAAACGCGGUGGAUUCGAUCUUCGCAAAUGGGCGAGUAACAAACCGGAGUUGCUCUCAGAUAUUUCAUCGGAUCAUCACGGGCUCGCACAGCUUAAAUUAUUCGAGACUGACAACAAUCUGAAGGUUCUCGGUAUUUUUUGGAAUCCGACGCACGAUUGUUUCCAGUUUCAAAUUGAAUUACCACAGACUCUCCCUUCUACAAAACGAACGAUUCUCUCUACCAUAGCCAGAAUAUUCGAUCCACUUGGAUGGGUCACACCCGUGGUUCUCAAAGCGAAAGUUUUUAUGCAGAAAUUAUGGCGACACAAAGUAGGCUGGGACGACAAUCUCUCAGAAGAUCUCCUUUUACAAUGGAGCGUGAUUUAUAAAUCACUUCCUUACAUCAAAAGCAUAAAACUUAGUCGCUGGAUUGGAUGCGAUUCAGAUACCAAGAGCAUCGAGUUACACGGUUUCGCGGAUGCUUCCCAAGUAGCUUACGCCGCAGUAGUUUUUUUGAGAGUCACAACAUUAUCCGGUCAUACAACUGUUUCGCUCCUCGCUGGGCGAUCCAAAGUCGCGCCUAUCAAACCGCUGACAAUCCCUCGAUUAGAAUUGUCAGCUGCGGUCUUAUUAGCGCGCCUAAUUGAAUUUAUCAGAAAAUCUCUUCAUUUCACGAAAAUGCCAGUCCAUUGUUGGACAGAUUCGAGUAUUGUGCUGUUAAACAAGCACCCAUCUCAUUGGAAAACUUUCGUCUCGCAUCGCGUAACAGAGAUUCAAACACGAGUAUCUGAUGGCAUUUGGCAUCAUGUCAGUACACAUGAAAAUCCCGCUGACUGUGCAUCUCGCGGUUUACUCGGCACAGAAUUGAGCGCCUUCGACAUUUGGUGGCGCGGACCUUCCUGGUUGAGUCUUAAGCAGGAUGAUUGGCCCACAUUCACAAUAACGCCGAUAGACGAAACACAGUUAGAAGAAAAAUCGUGUCAAGGGCAUCAAGUUAACGCUAAUGAACCGUGGAAUCUCACUACUCGAUAUUCAUGGUGGCCGAAAUUAAUACGUAUUACCGCCUACAUUUACCGUUUCAUAAGGAAGUGUAGAAAGAAACACACAAUAGGAUCGAACAACAAGUCUCAAUAUCACGCUCUUACUACAGUUGAAUUCAACGAAGCACGAAACUUCUGGCUGAACUUCAUUCAGUUAGAACUAUUCGAAAACGAGCUCCAUAAUUUAAAGUCAAACAAACCGUUGCCUACUCACAGUCCAAUUCUCUCAUUAAAUCCGUUCCUGGAUUCUGACGGUCUAAUUCGCGUUGGGGGGCGAUUAGAACACUCGUCAUUAUCUUUCCAGUCCAAGCAUCCAAUCUUAUUAGCCAACCAUACGAUCACUACUAUGAUCAUCCGUUAUACGCAUGUUGUAUCUCUCCAUGCCAGUCUUCAAUCCACUCUUUCAAAACUUAGACAAGAGUUUUGGAUUUUGAGAGCAAGAAGUCUAGUAAGGUCGGUUAUUUAUAAAUGUGUUCCGUGUACAAGAGAAAAGGCUCAAGUAGCUAGUCAACUGAUGGGCCAGCUACCUACAAGUCGUGUUUCGGCGCCCUCUCGAGCGUUUCUACAUAGCGGUGUCGACUACGCCGGACCAGUCUUCACACGUGCUUCAGCCGGCCGAGGAAUUACCUCGCGAAAGGCCUACAUAGCACUCUUUAUUUGUUUAGCCACACGCGCUAUUCAUCUCGAACUGGUUAGUGAUUACUCGACUGCUGCCUUUCUUAACGCUUUUCAAAGAUUUUGUGCGCGACGUGGAUUACCAGAGGUCAUGUACUCGGACAAUGGCACUACGUUCGCAGGAGCAGACAAGGAGUUGUCGCAAGCGUAUCGAGACGCUCAAAGCGAUGUUAACUUUCUCAACUUCAUCGUGUCAGAUAACAUCACAUGGAGUUUUAUCCCUCCCCAUGCUCCACACUUCGGUGGAUUGUGGGAGGCAGGGGUCAAAAGCGUUAAAUACCACCUUCGUAGGAUAUUAGGAAAUCACACCCUCACUUUCGAGGAACUUACUACCGUGCUUUGUAAAGUUGAAGCAUGCUUAAAUUCAAGGCCCCUGUGUCCAUUGACUGAUUCGAUUGACGAUUUUGAAGUUCUCACUCCGGGUCACUUUUUGAUUGGAUCGGCAAUCACAAUCAAUCCAGAACCUUCUGUUCUGCAAAUCAAUGAAAACAGACUGUCACGGUGGCAGUUGUUGCGACAGAUCACGGAGCGUUUUUGGAAGCAUUGGCACGCCGACUAUAUUAACACGCUUCAACAGCGAACUAAGUGGCGAAAGGCAAAGUCACUUAUCCAUAUCGGUUCCAUGGUUCUGAUUCAAAAUCCUCUUCUUCCUCCUUGCAAAUGGGAACUCGGACGCGUAAUCCACUGUCAACCAGGCUCUGACGGAUUAAUUCGAGUAGUUUCCGUCAAAACAGCGAACUCGGAAUAUAAGCGUCCCAUAACUAAGUUAUGUGUGCUUCCAAUCGACGUUGAUUCUGACGAUUCCAUCGAGGAUCAGCCUCGAGUGUCAAGCAAUUAG